AUGACCUCGACACCAUCCGUGAAGUUCGCGCCCAUCGCACCAGUUAUGAAUCUGCCACAAGCGGGGACAAGUACACGACGCCGUCCAGGUCUUCCCCAGUUUGGCGUCCAGUUAGACAUCGUACACAUCGCCCAUUGUGAGAGGACUCAGAUAGUCCUCGAUCAACAGCAGCUCGCGUGGGGAACGGUUUAUGAACUGGCACGAGGCGUCACUCGUGGGAUAUGGACGUUCGGCGACAUGACAGAACAUCGUUUGCGUAAACUCAAGGGUUCAAAUGCGGAAGCCGCAUGGAAAGUGGCUGCUGUCAUUGGAGACAAAGUGCCAUCUGCGAUGAAAGCACCAUCAGAACUUUGGCUUGAAUACGAUCGGGAGCAGCUUGGGAUUGUUGAAAAUAAAGGUCGCGGCCUGGGAUCUAUGGGAGACUGGGAGGGAAAAGAUAAUUGGUACGGAGGCAAGAUCCAGCAAGUUGCUCGAAUCAUCAAGGCUGGGAAAACGUUCAAAUUCGAGCUCGAAAAACCUGAGAUUCGGCGGUCACAUCGAUUCGCUCGGUUUCUGGGAUCUCGACGCAUCCUCCAAGUCCGUCUCCCAGACAAUCUGGCUCGGACAUAUGACACAGAUGGUGCGGCAGCUCUCAAAUUUCUGACGUCUAGCAAAUUCGUGCUGUGUGGCCGCGUCUUCGUACCAUUUCAUGCAAAGGAAGGGAGUGUCUACCUCUUUGAAACAAAUGAAAACAUAGAUCGGCAGACUAACCCGGGAGAUGGCGACGGUCACCGACUAACACUUCACGACUUUAUAGAGUGGCAUAAUCCACUGGGGUUAAAUGCAAAACAGCCUAUCAGCAAAUGGUCUACACGAAUGGGGCUCGGCAUAUCAACUUCAGUACCGACAAUAGAAUUUUCUCCUGAGAAUAUAUGCUUCAUUGAUGACCAACAUGCUGUGGGCUGCGGCGAGGGAAAGCCUCCAGCUGAGAAAAUUAUGACAGAUGGGUGCGGGUUCAUCAGUGGAGCAGCCUUGACUGCCAUCAUGCGAGUAAUGCAAUAUCCGAGUAGACCGACAGCCGUGCAGGGACGAAUCGCUGGUGCCAAGGGAAUGUGGGUCCUGCACCCAGAUCCUGAGCAUCAAGUCGCCGAUGGACCACCAAAGAUUUGGAUACGUAACUCACAAAACAAAAUCAAUCUUGGGCCGCUGCGCGACGUUGACACUGCCCAUAGAAUUUUCGAUCUCCUCGCGCCGUCUCGUGUAACUGGACCGAGCCGUUUAUCCAGUCAGACUCUGGUAAACUUAGCGCACAAUGGUGUCCCCACUGAUAGGCUGAGGGAACUAAUGGCCGAUGGGCUGCACAAUGAAGUCCGCCAACUCACUGAAUGGAAUGGUCGAGAUUCAAUGCUCGUAGUGUGGCGGGCUGUAGAGCGUGCAGGCCGGGUGGUGAUUUGCAGGCUGCGGCGUCGCAUUGCUGGUCAGGCGCGUGCACUCGGCCUUGGCCAACUCCGACCCAGCGAGGAGCUGGAUGACGAGAUUGACGACCACGAUGGUGACCGCGAUGAUGUCGCAGUGAACCAGCCACUGGCCGCCUCGGGUCCCCGGAGUCGUAAUCCCCAUAGUGGCCAACCAACCACUCUGUAUGAAUGUGUUCUCGAGCUUCUCCAGGCAGGGUUUCACCCCUUGAAGCUCGAACUACUCUUUCGUAAACUCGAAAGUGUAGUGACGCUAGUACUGGACGAUUAUGUAGGAAAGUUUCACAUUCCAGUCAAGGAAUCCCUUGAGGCCUACAUCAUACCAGAUCCAUAUGGGGUCCUUGAGGAGGGCCAGAUCCAUUUUCGCUCGUCGGAACUCAUCACCGAUCCUGAGAGUGGAACCCAAAUGGAUAUCGUAACAGGAUCUGUCUUAGUGUGGAGGAAUCCCACGAGACUACCCUCGGAUGUCCAGAAGGUCACUGCCGUCAGCCACCCAAAGUUGGCAAGUUACUUUGACGUCAUUAUCUUUCCGGUGAAAGGCCAGCGCUCACUGGCGAGUUACUUGGGUGGUGGAGAUUAUGACGGAGAUACGGUCGUGUUGGUCUGGUCUAAGCAUCUCGUUGAGAACUUUAAUACGGCCCCGAUGUGCGAGACACCCUCGAAUUUGAGUAAUGACUUUGAGCGAGAGGUCGAAGAUAUUGCUGAUUUUGACCAACGAGUAUCCAGGCUCUCUGACAAAGAGGCUCAAACAGCUUUUCAGAAUGUUUUGCUACUUGGGCUUGCGGAGACGAAGAAAGGUCUCUAUUCAAACUUUCACGACUUAGCUGUGUAUAAGCACGGAUAUGCAAGCGCAGCAGCCAUUCGACUUGCGUAUAUGUUCACGACGUGCGUGGAUGCAAGCAAGACUGGACUGCGGGUCAAAUCCCAUGUUUUCGAGGCAGACCGCAAAUCUUACGGGAACGGGAAGCCGCGUUACAAGGCUCUUGAAAAAAGCAAAGAGGACCAAACAAUAUUCACGCGAGCGGGAUCAGCACCUUUCAUCCUCGAUAUCCUUGUGGACGAGGGUCGUCGCUUACGCGUCGAAUUUCUUAAGAAGUACUCAAGUCUCCAAAAGCCCUCUACCCGUAUGGUGGACCAUGACGCCCAUCUCACCCUUCCCUACACAUCUGCAUCUCGCAGGGCCACGCAGGCUGUGCAUGUCGGUUUCCAUGGACUGCAAGUCAACUUGACCGUUGCCAAAAAGCAUGUCGAAAAGGCACACGAGGACUGGCAACGUGCCAUUGCUAUGCGGAACAGUGCUUCAAAAGUCAGGGGGUGUUCUGACCCUAAGGAACAAGAGAUCCAAAAAGCUGCGCAAUACUUUGCGCAACGGCCGUUGUUCCAAGACACACUCUUUUUUUCCCAGGAGGAACUCAAAACUGUUAUGGCAUCGUACGCUUACACUCUCUCCCCGACGUUCGGAUUCUCUGUUGCCUUCGCAGAGCUUUGCGCCAUCAAGGCGCGAGCGCAAGGCGCAGUCCUUUUCGAGGAUAAAUUUGCACAAGUAAUGAACAUACCUAGCAAUAUCCUGCGAGCCCUUUCGCAGGCACAGGAUGAUGUGGAUGAUUGAGUUUGUAUUUUUGCCAUGGCAUGAUGGUCAUUCAGUGCAUCGGUAUAUCUCAUCGAAUCACUUGUCUUAUUCUCAAUACUCGCUACCUGCUAGCGCUCUAAAACCAUCUCUGUGAUACAUAACGAUGACCGAUAGUUACCCAGACGGCCAGCUUUGUGUGUCCAUUUGACUGCUUUUAGAUGAUACACCACCCUUGUCCCCAAUCUUCCGCUCCAAUUCAAGCCAAAUCACACUCAUUCAAUUAGUUCAUGUAACUCACACGUACCACUUUGGUGCUAGA